UUCUUUUUCUUCUUCUUCUUCUUCUUUUAUUAUAUACACAUAUAUAUAUAUUAUUAUUUGAUAGAUGGAUUUACUAUAUGCGAAAUAAAAAUAACUUGCUGAUAAAUUCCAAAUAUCCGAUGGAUAUUCCUACUAAACCUUUACCCUCCAUUCUUCAGAAAAUUUUACAGUUUGAAGAAAAUCGUGACAUCACCACCUUCUUUCCAAAUGAAAAAGAAUGGAUGAAGAACGAUAAACAACCAAUGUAUUCAUCCGUACACCAACAAAAGGAAAAAGAAGACAGUCAUUCCAUAUCAUUGAUGUCUAUUGCAAUUCCUCCAGAAAAGGCAACUACUCUUUUCUUAAUGGCCAAACAUAAAGAUAAACCCAGUAAUUUGACUCAUGAUGAACGAGAGUCUAUUUCUACUGUUACUUUCUCACAGCCUUCGAGUAUGAGUAUUCAAAAUCUUGAUGAUUCCUAUUCAACACAUAUCUCACAUUCUAUUCAACCAUGGGGACAUCAAAGUAUGCCUAGUCUUUCGCCUUCUAAAAAUAAUACAAUUCAUCUAGUAAAAAAACAUGCACAAGCCCAUAAAGAUGAUAUACCUCAUAACAAAAGAGGAAGAAAACAUCCUCUGUUAUCGAAAAGAGAAGGUAGUUGGAUGAAGUAUCGUUCUGCCUCUUUAACUGCACUUACAAGGCUUGUUAACAAACAUGACUCUUCGACACCCUAUAAUAAGAAUGAAAUCCAGAUCCAGGAAGAACCAUGGCCAGUCCCCACCUCCAUCGAUGAAAUACAUGAAUUUCGAAAAAAAUUAAAAAAGACGACUUCAAACCAAAAUCGAUUCAAUUUGUGUAGAAAUAUGAUUGAGACUGCAUCAUCCAACUUUAGUAGUCAUCCACCUCAAAGGGGCGGUGGUGCUUUCCCUUCUUCUUCCGCUUCUUCUUCAUUAUCCAUGCUAUUCAAUAGUACACAUUAUCCUCUUUAUUCUUCUUCUUCUUCUUCUACUACUACUACUACUACUGCUACUACUACUAACUCGCACUUCUUUCAAGGUAAUCGUCGUAAAAAAAGUAGUAAUGACGAUGAACAAAUUCCUGUAUUAGAAGAGAUUCUGACGUUAGAGGCGCAAAGGAUUUUAAAACGAUUAGCAAGAAAUGGUCAUUAUGGCUCAGAUAGUGGUGAUGCACAAUUCUUACUUGCUAAUUAUUACGGAACAGGUCGUCUUGGAUUACCUUUAGAUCACGAAAGGGCCCUUUCACUUUAUCUUUAUGCAUCCAAGCAAAGUCAUCAUCCAGAGUCCACCUAUCGAGCUGGAGUAUGUUAUGAAUUAGGCAUAGGCACCAACAGGGAUCCUCAUCGGGCCAUCUUAUUUUAUCGGAAAGCCGCUACUCAAUAUGCUCACCCUGCUAGUAUGUACAAGUUGAGUCUCUUUUUACUCUGUGGCCUUUAUGAGACACAACGUCAUCCGCGAGAAUCCAUCGCCUGGUUACAACGUGCAGCAGCAGCAGCAGCAGCUACAACAGCUACAGCAACAACAACAACAACAACAAUGACUCCUCUUUCACAACACGCUCAAGCCAGUCAUGCUUUAGCUUUGCUUCAAUUAUCGAAUAACACUAAUGAUCAUUAUUCUCUUGAUGACACCUUACUUAUUCAAGAUAAAGCCUAUGCCGUUGAACUCUUACAAAAGUCAGCUCAUCUUGGUUAUUCCCCUAGCCAAGCCAAGUUGGGCGAGUUAUAUGAAGUAGGUCUUGAAGGGUUUAUUCAAGUAGAUGAAGCACUCUCUAUCUAUUGGUAUACACAGGCUGCAAAAAGAGGAAAUUCAGAUGCAUCAAUAGCAUUAUCCUUUUGGUACUUGACUGGAUCUUCUUUAACUCUACUCUCUCAGUCUGAUGAACAAGCUUACCUUUGGGCUCGAAAAGCAAUUGAAUGUCAGCAUGAAGAUCGUUGGAGUCUAUCAAAGGCCCUUUUCCUAGUAGGCAUCUACAUCGAAAGAGAUAUUAUUAUACCAAAUAAGAGUACAGAAGAUUCAUAUAUAUGGUUUGAAAGAGCAGCAGUUCUAGGUCAUAUUGGGGCAAUGCAGUUUAUUGAAUUGAAAGCAAAACAAAAAGAGAGAGAGAGAGAGAAAAGAGAAAAGAGAGUGAGGAAAGAGGAGGCGGUGAGUGAGUGAGUGAGUGAGUGAGUGAGUGAGUGAUUGAUCGAUUGAGG